GGAAACCGAAGAAGAAAAGAAAUAGGGGCGGGGGCCGGGAAACGACGGAGGAUAGAGAAGGAAGACAGCCACAAGCCCACAAGGAACUAAACUGGCAAAUCGCCCUGCUCAUCUUUGCUGCAAUUCUCGCCGGCGGCUGCCCACGGGAUUUGGCCAGUGAAAAUGGAUGGGAACACCAGAGGAGGUAGACAUUCUGAAGCAUUAAAGAACUACAAUCUGGGCAGAUCAUUAGGUAUUGGCUCAUUUGGAAAAGUGAAGCUUGCAGAGCAUAAGCUUACAGGACACAAAGUUGCUAUAAAGAUUCUGAACCGCCGCCAAAUGGAAACAAUGGAAAUGGAAGAGAAAGCAAAUAGAGAAAUAAAGAUAUCCAGGUUGUUCAUUGACUUCAUUCACCCUCAUAUCAUCCGGGUUUAUGAGGUCAUUGACACACCUAAGGAUAUAUUUAUUGUCAUGGAAUAUUGCAAGAAUGGUGAGCUAUUCGACUACAUUGUUGAGAAAGGGCGGUUACAGGAAGAUGAGGCUCGUCGAAUCUUCCAGCAGAUCAUAUCUGGUGUUGAAUACUGCCACAGAAACAUGGUUGUUCAUCGUGAUCUAAAGCUAGAAAACUUGUUACUUGAUUCCAAAUAUAAUGUGAAACUUGUUGACUUUGGGUCAAGUAAUGUCAUGCAUGAUGACCAUUUUCUGAAGACAAGCUGCGGGAGUACAAACUAUGCUGCACCAGAGAUUAUCUCAGGUAAACCGUAUGCUGGACCUGAGGUUGAUGUUUGGAGCUGUGGGGUGAUACUUUAUGCUCUUCUUUGUGGCUCUGUUCCAUUUGAUGAUGAAUAUACUCCCAACUUGUUCAAAAAGAUAACGGGAGGUAACUAUAUCCUUCCAAGUCAUUUAUCUGAUCUUGCAAAGGAUUUGAUCCCAAGAAUGCUUCUUGUUGAUCCCAUGAAGAGAAUCACAAUCCGUGAAGUUCGAGACCACUCAUGGUUUCAGAAUCGCCUUCCUCACUACUUGGCAAUGCCUCCACCAGAAACAACACUGCAAGCCAAAGUGGUGUCAAAAUUAUGAAGAAGCUUCUCUAACCCCCAUAAGACUAGGGGUCCGCAGGUUAUAUAUUGAUUGAUGCUUGGAGUACAAGGUUUGAUUGAAGAUCUACUUCAACCGUGGGAGAAAUACAAGGGGAUAAGAGAUAGAGAUACAUUAUGGUUUGAACAACCUCUCCUAUCUCCUAACAACUCUAAUAUGGCUGCAACACAUGCACCAUAAUAUGAAGUUUAGAUUACUCUUGAACUCUUCAAAUGGUCUUGAUGCUAGGGCCUUUAUAAAUCCAUCUGCAAAUUGAUCUCUAGAUGGAAUAGAACGUAUGUCCAAUUUUUUACUAGCACCCUCCCUCAUACAAAAUGAUAGUCAAUUUCAGUAUGAUUUGUCCUUGCAUGAAACACAGGGUUAGCUGAUAAAUAUGUAGCACCAAUGUUAUCACACCAAAGGCAUGGAGUUUGUAUGUGAAGUAUGUCAA